CUUCGAAAAAAUGAAUGCCAUUUGAUAUGGGAAAUGCCCGGGCAUGUGAGAGCAUUUUUCAUCUCUGAAGAGUUCAGUUUCAUUUGCUCUCCUCCUUCUGUGUUCCAAGCAGGCAGUGCAGAACGCUGUAUAAAUAGCCAAGCCUGUGCUACAUCCAGUUUGAGAUAUCCAGGCAUCCAGGAGGGGAAGGCACACGGCAGGGGGAAAGCACUGAGCAGCUUGCGAAACUAAAGAUGAUGUAUAUUUCAGACUCAAUCUCCUGAGCAAUCUUGGGAAGCUCGGAUGGAUUACAAUAAUACUUCAGCAAGGCUGCCGGCGUCCGUAAAGAGCUGUCACUUACCAAGGAGGAUAAGAGCUGGAGAGAAUGUCAUUAUUUCCUUUCCACGUAAGAUAAAUGUGAAGGGCUGAUUCUGUGGACAGGAUGAGCAGCACUGCAAAAGACGAUGGCUUAAACUUUUAACAUCUCUUCCAAGUGGAAUAUCACAGAUCUCGGAAUGAAGAACCUCUCCAGGCUGAUUGGAAAUGGCAUUGCAGAGCUGAAACGUAACUGGAGGAAACAUACCUCUCAAUGAAGAAAGUACAAUGCACUUGAAAGCUCUGACUCCUGGUGAAGAAUUCAAGCCUAGAGAAAACUUGUCCGCUUGGCUGGGAAGGAUGGGUUGGACAAUCUUCACGCAUUCCAAAGGGAAUCUGGAUGCCAUGCUGAGCUUAAUCUCUGCAGCAUGCUCGGUGAUUUUCUCCUCCUGAUGCAUUGCAUGGUUAGCCUGAGGAGAAGGAUUAAGAAACUGGCUACCAAGAUGGUAAUCACUAGUGGAAAUGAAGAAGAAAAAAGCAACCAGGAAAAGGAGAGCAAAGAGGAGUCCAUCCUGGCAAUGCUGGGCAUUAUCGGGACAAUCCUGAACCUCGUCGUGAUCAUUUUUGUGUACAUCUACACGACAUUGUGAGCCGCAGACGCAAAGCGGGGGAGACAGCUGACAAGAGGUGAUGGCAAACGUGGCCGGCUAUUGACACACGGCUUAAUGAGAAUUGACUCUGUAGUAUAUUAAGACGUCAUAAAAGCUCUGCCUGAGGGCGUUGGAGGUUGAAGCACAAUUAAUUGAACAAGACUUUUUUCACACAGUUACAAGCAAAACUCGCAUCUCUCUCUCUCUCUCUCUCUCUCUCUCAAUCUCUCUCUCUGUUCUAGAGAAAUGAGUACAAAUCUGUAAGUAUCAGCUUUGGACAGGGGGUCAAGGGAAAACCCCCCACUAUGGAUAAAACUUUUCAAUACAGCCAAAGACUGGACACUAUUAUAAACAGUGACAAAUAUAUAGCAUAUCUGUGCCAAGUUAUGUUCCAUGCCCAUUAGUCCGCAUCUUCUCUACUCUCCUUUCUUUGAUUUACAUCGAAGCUAGCAAGCUUUUCUUUCCCUCGCUCUUUGUUUUUCCAGUUUUUAACUUAAAAUGAACAUAUGGUGCAAUCACAAGGUAGGGGGGAGGGGAACCAGCUACUCCGCUGAGUUGCCUGAGCCACCAAAGGGUAAAACCUUGGGCAAAGUAAGGUUACCUGACGUUCCUUUUCUCUCUCGGUUGCUUGACAUCUGUGUCUGUUCAAACCGAUGUUUAUAAAUAUAUAUUUUUAAUAAAUGUGCUAUAUUUUUAGCAUGAGCCAAA